GUGGCUAUGUUUAAUCACAAUUUCCACUCACCAUAAAAUACGAUGAUGACACAGUUGAUACCUUGAUCAUUUGGUUCGAAAAAGGAGUUUGAUGAAAACAGCCCAGUCAGCUAAUAAUAUGGGCUAGCCAGGCCACGUUGAUAGCGACAAAAACAAAAUUAAAGGAAGCUGAGCAGCAAGUGAUUUAUCAUCAUCCAAAACAAGCAACACGCAUUCAUUUCGCAAAAGCAGGACACCCCGCCGACUACAAAACAGAUAGGUGCGAAAAAAAAGAGAACAAAAAAGCAACGAAGAGAACCAACUCAAUACAGGCAAAAAAAAGUAAAUAACAGCCAAUGAAUGUGCCAUACGCCUCCCGGAGCGGGCUCCUCGACGCUCGGGGCCAGCCGAUCCAAUCGGGACUGAGCUCGCCCGUCGCCCUGGAUUUCAAAAAGGACGGCAUCGUGGUCUUCUCGGGAGGCACGGCGGCCAACUUUCUGGUGGACGUCUUCAACAGAAUCGUCGAGCGGCGCGGGUGCCCGCUCACAUACGUCAUUCCCAUCAGCGACAAUGGCGGAAGCUCGUCUGAGUUGAUUCGUGUGUUGGGAGGACCGAGCGUCGGCGAUAUAAGAAGUCGACUCGUACGUCUCAUUCCAAACCAAGAGAAUGAAGAGAACACUGCCCUCAGGGCACUGUUUGAGCACAGGCUGUCUGCAGAUCCGGGCACGGCCAAGUUGGAAUGGCUAGACAUCGUCGAGGGGAACCACAUCCUGUGGACCUUCAUCUCAAGCCCCAAGAGGGAGCUGAUUCGUUCCGUGCUGAACACGCUCAAUCUCGAGGUUGUCAAGCGGUCUCGGCCGACAUCGCUCUUCAACUUUUCCAAGGCUAGCGUGGGAAAUAUGUUUCUUACUGGGGCACGACUAUUCUCGGGGUCUUUCGAGGCGGCAAUCUAUCUACUGGCCAUGAUAUGUAGCAUCCCCACCACGGUGUCCGUUCUACCGGCCAUCAACUCCAACUUUACUCACCACAUCGCAGCCUCACUUGCAGAUGGCACGGUUCUCACGGGCCAGGUUGCAAUCUCGCAUCCGUCGGCGCCGACGGCUGUGCCCGACUCCAUGGCUGCUGCUGCUGCUGCUGCUGCUGCUGCUGCCGCCGCCGCAACGAACUCACUAAGUCCCGCAGCGGCAGCAAGGCAACACCCACAAGACCUGGAACCGACUGGCCCAGCAGCCAUGGCCCGGCUCGCAGCGGCGGCCGAGGCACUCAACACGGAAGACGCCACGCUGCCGGGCUCUCUGCCGGUGCUGCGGUCGCACAACAUCAGCUUCAGCAAGGACGACGAGGAGGACCUGCCGGCGCGCAUCGGACGCGUCUGGUACAUCAACCCCUACGGGCACGAGAUCUGGCCCGUAGCUAAUCCAAAGGUGCUGGCGGCGCUGCGUGGGGCCGAGGUCAUCGUCUACUCCAUCGGCAGCCUGUACACGAGCAUCAUCCCUAGCCUGAUCCUCAGGGGCGUCGGGUCGGCGAUUGCGGGCGGCAGCGGUGCGGCGGCCACCAAGGUCUUGAUCCUGAACAGCUCUGUAGAUCGGGAGACGGGCCCCAAGGAGGACCCGAUGAGCGCGGUGGAUUUCGUGGUUGCGCUUGCGAGGGCCGCGUCCGGUGGUGAGGGCGGGGAGAGGGAUGCAAGGAAAUAUGUCACGCACCUGGUGUACUUGGAUGGCGAUGAUGUCGAAGACGGGGGUGCGCACGCGCAGAGUGGAAGCGGAGAGUUGGCGCCCGUGGUGGACAAGGCGGCCCUGGGAACUAUGGGUAUCGUGUGCGUCAAGGUCAAGGGAAGGCUGGACACAUCUAGGGAUGCAGGAGGGGUGAGGAGGUACGAGGAGGGAGAAUUAAUUGCGGCUCUGGAGAGGAUAUUGGAGAUGUAGCCAUGGGGAUAUAAUGUGUUGAUUGCCGGCUAUUCCCUCGUAUUAGAUAAUGAACUAAAUUACACAUAUCAUACAAGAAAGUGGCGUUGACCACGGACAGCCAGACAUGGAAGAGGG